AGACUUUUAUCCUAUGAUUUGCUCAGUGUUUCCGGCAACAUGGAGGAGGUGGUGACGGACGUCGUAGCUCCGGAAGAUUUGAAGAGGUUUGAGCAAAAAUACAAUGCUGAACUGGUGAAAGGACCUGUGUCCAAAGAAACCAAAUUUGAGUAUGCGUGGUGUUUGAUCAGGAGUAAAUACACCAACGACAUCAGAAAAGGCAUUCAGCUUUUAGAAGAGCUGUUGCAGAAAAGCUCAAAAGAAGACCAGAGAGACUUCCUGUUCUAUUUGGCUGUUGCAAACUACAGACUCAAGGAAUAUGAAAGAGCUCUGAAGUAUAUUCACAUCCUACUCAGAAAUGAACCAGGAAAUAAACAGGCCAUUGAAAUGGAAAAGCUCAUCAACCAGGCACUAAAGAAAGAUGGCCUGGUCGGCAUGGCGAUUGUUGGAGGCAUUGGUUUGGGAGUGGCAGGAAUAGCAGGACUGAUCGGGAUGGCUGUCUCCAAAUCGUCAAAGUCCCCAGGAAGCAGGGGGGCGAUGUCUUGAUUUUGUCUUUGUUUGACUCCUCCUUUCCAACAAACUUGACUUUCUUUACAACAGCAGAGACUGGUUUAUCAUUAUUUAAUCACAGUUUACAGCAGGGGAACUAAGGAUGUGGUCUGACUAUGUUUGCUCUGUUAUGAAUCUUGUGCCGUUACAUUUUUCCUCUCUUUUUUUUUUCUGAUUUGUGAUCUUCUUUUAACAAUGAUGCCUCAUAUUUUAGUAGUUUGCACUAUCCAAAUUAAUUUGGGUGAAAUUUAUGCAUGAUUUGUAACUUUUUCACUACACUGUUGAAAAACAAGGGAAUCUUAAUGCUACGUUUAGCAGGUACUGCAGUUAUGCAGUUAUCUUAUUGUAACACCUUAAUGCAGAUGUUUGAGUUUCUGAAUUUUACAUAAUGUAUACAAUACAGAAAUCUGUUUUCAAGCAA